AUGGCUCCCAACUCCCCCGUAGCCCUCAUCCUUGGAGCUGGUUCCAACAUCGGACAACAUGUCGGCCGAGCUUUUGCAGCUAAAGGCUACAGAAUUGCCCUUGCUGCUCGAAGCCUGAAGCAAGAGGACAGCACCCCCAGCCAGUUGCACAUUCGCAGCGACUUCAGCGACCCAGAGUCUGUGGAGAAGGUCUUUUCAACCGUCAAAUCGCAGCUCGGUGCCCCAAGUGUCGUGGUUUACAACGCCGCUGCUGUGACUCCCAACGAUGCCAAGAACCCCCUCAGCCUUGAUCUAAAGGCAUUCACCCGCGACUUGGCCAUCAACACCACCAGUGCUUUCGCAGCAGCUCAGCAAGCCGCUCUCGCUUUUGAGGAGCUCCCCGGCUCAGCAUCUCGUACCUUCAUCUACACCGGAAACUUCCUUAACGACCAUACCAUCGUCUCCCUCAUGGAUCUUGGCGUCGGAAAGUCUGCGACGGCUCAUUUCAUCAAAUGCGCUGCUGAGGCGUACGCUAGCAAGGGAUUCAAGUUCUACUACGCCGAUGAGCGAAAGGCGGAUGGUUCGAGCGCAUCCGCCGCAAUUGAUGGUGCUGCUCAUGGAGAAUUCUAUACCAAGCUUGCUGAAGAAGACUCUCAGGGAGCAUGGCAGCAGACUUUUGUCAAGGGCCAGGGGUAUACGAAGUUCUGA